GACUAAACAAGAAAGAUGCUUACUGAGUAAGGUGGGAUCCAACAAGGGUGUAGUACAGAAUGCAACAAUUUAUGAAUUACUUUUUUCUAAGGUAGCUAAACAUAACAACAUUUAAUGAAGAAAGGCAAACUUACCUAUCUGGUAUAUUUGUGAUUCCUGAUGAUUAAUUACUUGAAGAUUAAUACAUUUGAAAUUUACCAGUCUUAGAAAUGGAAGAAAGUGAUGAACCUGAUCAGCCUAUCUCAGCAGGGAGGCAAGAAAUUCGAAAGAGAAGAAGACCCAGUCAACCAAUGGUAGAUAAAUCCCAGCAGACCGAAGUGACAGAGAAAAAGAAAAAUUUGCCUAUAUCACAAUCAUCUGGCCCUAAAGCUACCCUUAGUAUUGGUAACAUUCCUGGAAGUAAAGUCAAUGGUGAGCCUUUCAGAGUAUCUUCUCAACUUCGGCAAACUUGGACAAAGAGAAAGCAUGUACAGGAUAUGACUGAUAAAUCUCUGCAAACAGACACUAUUGUAGAAGAGAAAAAAGAAGAAAUCAAACCAGUUGGUGAAACAGUGGUACCUGAAGAAAUGCCAGCUGCUCUUGGAGAAGCAGUCCCUGAAUUUCCAGAAAGUGUUCAGAAAGUAGAAAUUCUGACAAGCAGACACUCAAUUCAAUUCAAAAUAGACAGAUCUCAGCAGACCAGUUGUACUGGAGACUGGACAAUGAUGAACAUUCCUCAAAAAGAAACAGUGGACAGAGAACAGCAGACGUACUUUAGUGAAUCAGAAAUAGUGGUAAUUGGUAGGCCAGAUAGCUCUUUUUCGAAGUCAAAUGAAGUUGUGCAGAAACGUAAAUCUUCAGGGAAGAUUUUCAUUAGUGAACAUCCUGAAUUGCAACCCUCAACAAGUAGAGAUGAAGCAAUUAGGCAGGUAGGUAUUAGCAGAUCUUCAUUUAGCCAGCAAAGCAAAAAAGGUAGUUUGGUACCUUUAGAAGAUGAGCAGUACGUUCUAGGUGAGGUCCAGCCUCCCAUUGCAGAGGAGGUCUCUGCUGAAGUGCAACCUACACCAGCUGCGGACAUUAUUGCAGGAAAGUCCGCUACUGAACUUCAGCCUCCACAAAUUGAGGAGGCUCCAGCAGAAAAGGGCCCUGCCAAAGUACAGCCAACCCUGGGUGAAGAGGCUCUUUCAGAAGGGCCUCUUGCUGAAGUUCAGUCUCCAAAAGUUGAAGAAGCUCCUGUACAGCCUUUCCCAGAUGAAGAGACUCCUGAAGAAGAGGCCCCUGCUAAAGUAGAGUCUAUCUCUGCUGAAGAGGCUUUUUCAGAAGAGCCUCUAUCAGCUGUGGAGGCCCCUACAGAAGAGGCCUCAGCUGAAGUUCAGUCUCCACCAGCUGAAGAGGCCCCUGCAGAGGAGGCCCCAGCUGAAGUUCAGUCUCUACCAGCUGAACAGGCCCCUGCAGAGGAGGCCCCAGCUGAAGUUCAGUCUCUACCAGCUGAACAGGCCCCUGCAGAGGAGGCCCCAGCUGAAGUUCAGUCUCCACCAGCUGAACAGGCCCCUGCAGAAGAGGCCCCAGCUGAAGUUCAUUCUCCACUAGCUGAGGAGGACCUUGCAGAAGAGGCCCCAGCUGAAGUUCAGUCUCCACCAGCUGACGAGUCCCCUGCAGAAGAGGGCCCAGCUGAAGAUCAGUCUCCACCAGCUGAGGAGUCCCCUGCAGAGGAGGCCACAGCUGAAGUUCAGUCUCCACCAGCUGAAGAGGCCCCUGCAGGAGAGGCCCCAGCUGAAGUUCAGUCUCUACCAGCUGAACAGGCCCCUGCAGAGGAGGCCCCAGCUGAAGUUCAGUCUCUACCACCAGCUGAACAGGCCCCUGCAGAGGUGGCCCCAGCUGAAGUUCAGUCUCUACAAGCUGAGGAGACCCCUACAGAGGAGGCCUCAGCUGAAGUUCAGUCUCUACCAGCUGAGGAGGGCCCUGAAGAGGAGGCCCCAGCUGAAGUUCAGUCUCCACCAGCUGAGGCCCAAUUUGAAGUUUAUUCUCCACCAGCUGAGGAGGCCCCUGUAGAAGAGGCCGGAGCUGAGGUUCAGUUUCCACCAGCUGAGGAGACCCCUGCAGGGGAGGCUCCAGCUGAAGUUCAGUCUCCACCAGCUGAGGAGUCCCCUGCAGAGGAGGCCCCAGCUGAAGUUCAUUCUCCACUAGCUGAGGAGGUCCCUGCAGAAGAGGCUCCAGCUGAAGUUCAGUCCCCACCCGCUGAAGAGGCCCCUGCAGAGGAGGCCCCAUAUGAAGUUCUGGCUCCACCAACUGAGGCCCCAGCUAAAGUUCAGUCUCUACCAGCUGAGGAGGAUCCUGAAGAAAAUACCUCAUAUGAAAUUUGGUCUCCAUCAGCUGAGGAGGCCUCUGCUGAACUUCGGUCUCCGUCAACUGAAGUCACUACUUUAGAAAUGGUCUCUGUUGACAAACAGUUUCCAGAAGACAAGGAGGACUUUAUUACACAAAUCUCUGUAGAAAAUGACCUUAUUCCACCAUCUGAACAAACUGCUGCAUAUGAGGCUCUGGUAGACCAUGUGUCUACUGAAUAUCAAAAUCUCCAGACUGAUGUCCCAGGGAUAAAAUUAGAAUCAAAGGUUUUGGAAGAUCAGCAAAAACUCGAAGGGCCUUUGGAACUGGAUCCUGUCCCUGAAGAUUUGCCUAAUAUCAAGAAAGAACAGGUUCCUACCUUUGAAAUAGAGGGUGUCAUCCAUGUACAACUAGAAUAGAGGCCUCUUCCUCAGCUCUAAUUAGCUCUUAACUAAGCUAGCAAUCAGAAGCUACAGGCUUCUGGACAUACACACUUAAGAAAAGUAUAGGUAUCUGGAAGUAAAUACCUAAAAGGAAAUCCCAAGAUGUGGACUGCUGGCUGGAAAACGAACAAUAAAAACUAGUGGUUUAAAAUUA